AUGUCUGCUUCUGAUUCCACUUCCUCUCUUCCCGUUACUCUUGACUCCAUCAAUCCCAAGGUUCUCAAAUGUGAGUAUGCUGUCCGUGGAGAAAUUGUCAACAUUGCUCAGAGGUUGCAAGAAGAUUUGAAAACUAACAAGGAUGCUUAUCCCUUCGAUGAGAUAAUCUACUGUAAUAUUGGGAAUCCACAGUCUCUUGGUCAACAGCCUAUAACAUUCUUCAGAGAGGUUCUUGCUUUGUGCUCCCAUACAGCCUUGUUGGAUGAGAGUGCAACACACGGUUUGUUCAGUUCCGAUUCAAUUGCGCGCGCUUGGAAGAUUCUGGACCAGAUUCCCGGGAAAGCAACUGGUGCUUACAGCCACAGCCAGGGUAUCAAGGGAUUACGUGAUGCAAUUGCCGCUGGAAUCGAAGCCCGUGAUGGUUUCCCUGCUGAUCCUAAUGAUAUUUUCAUGACCGAUGGUGCAAGCCCAGGGGUUCAUAUGAUGAUGCAACUUCUCAUAAGUUCAGAGAAAGAUGGAAUCCUUUGCCCUAUUCCUCAAUACCCAUUGUACUCAGCUUCAAUUGCCCUUCACGGUGGAAGUCUGGUUCCAUACUACCUUGACGAAGCAUCAGGAUGGGGUCUUGAAAUAUCUGAGCUGAAGAAGCAACUUGAGGAUGCUAGGUCAAAGGGCAUCACUGUAAGAGCUUUGGCUGUCAUUAACCCUGGUAACCCGACAGGACAGGUUCUUGCAGAAGAAAACCAGCGUGACAUUGUUAAUUUCUGCAAGCAAGAGGGCUUAGUUAUUUUAGCGGAUGAGGUUUAUCAAGAAAACGUAUAUGUACCUGACAAAAAGUUCCAUUCCUUUAAGAAAGUAGCCCGGUCUAUGGGCCUUGGCGAGAAGGAUAUCGCCUUAGUCUCAUUCCAAUCUGUCUCCAAAGGGUACUAUGGAGAGUGUGGAAAGAGAGGCGGUUACAUGGAGGUUACCGGAUUCACUUCUGAUGUAAGAGAGCAGAUAUACAAAGUUGCUUCUGUCAAUCUUUGUUCCAACAUUUCUGGUCAAAUUCUUGCUAGCCUGAUCAUGAGCCCACCCAAGCCUGGUGAUGACUCCUACGAAUCAUACAUAGCAGAGAAGGAUGGAAUUCUCUCUUCUUUAGCAAAACGUGCAAAGACCCUUGAAGAGGCUCUGAAAAAACUAGAGGGUGUAACAUGCAAUAGAGCAGAAGGAGCUAUGUACCUAUACCCUUGCAUUAACCUUCCACCAAAGGCGAUUGCAGCUGCAGAAGCUGCAAAGACAGCAGCAGACGCGUUCUACUGCAAACGCCUUCUUAACGCUACUGGAAUAGUCCUAGUCCCUGGUUCUGGCUUUGGACAGGUACCUGGAACAUGGCAUUUCAGGUGCACUAUUCUUCCACAAGAAGAUAAGAUCCCGGCGAUUGUGAACCGUCUCACUGAGUUCCACAAGAGCUUCAUGGACGAGUUCCGCAACUAA